AUGGAAGACCCUAAAUCUCGGGCCUCUUCGCAAGAGAAGCCUGCCGUCAGUCCCAAUUCUACCCCAGAUUCGGCUCCAAAGCCUCUUAGGCGACGCCGCCGUGUUCCCAUCGCAUGUGCGAGCUGCCGCCUGCGCAAGACAAAAUGCGAACACAUUGUGCCAAGAAACAACCUGCAGAAACACCCCGGGCAGGAUGCCGGCGCAUAUGAUUAUAUUCGCUCUCUCGAAGACAAAGUCAAACAGUACGAAGCACAGCUGAGAAGCGUGCAUAACAAUCACCAUGAAACAAGCUACCAGCCCAACCCUCCCGGUCCGUUGCUGCCGGCGCCCGCAAUGCACAACACUCAACAACCUAUUACGUUACCACCCCUUGCGCGUCCAUCUCUUGCUCCAGACCGGAGCCCAGCUGCUAUCACCGCAGCCUCGCCUUCGCUAUUCUUGGGUGGGGAUGGCGCCAUCUCGUUCACUCAGAUGAUACUCAAUGCAAUGGACCCUGAUGCUCCUAGCAGAGUCCAAUCAACCACCCAACUCUUCUCGUCACCCCGUGAUCCGUCCCGCGAAAUGCCCGAUGCGAAACUCCACGAUCUUCCUCCCGAUGUACGCGAGCUGGUCCAGCGAUACUUCGACUUCCAUCAUAUCUUAACCCCAAUCUUUCACAUUCCUUCGAUACUCCCUCGAUUGGAGCAAGUUCUGAACAUGGAUCGUACCCGUCGAUAUGAAGAUCCACUUAUGCUGGCCAUGGUAAAUAUGAUCUGCGCCAUUUCGGCAGCGCACCGGCGGAACGGGUUUGAAACCUCUACUGUCCAAACUCGAAAGUACUACGACCGCGCCAUGGCUCUCGUCGGAUCGACCGUGUUGUUUGAUUGGUCCGUCGAGAAAGUACAGAUAUUGUUAUUGGGUGCCCGAUAUCUUCAAAGUUCAAAUUUCCCCGAUGAGAGCUGGACUCUUCUCGGCUUGGCUAUCAGGGUCGCUCAAGGCUUAGAACUUCAUCGACCACCACCAGAUAAUCUAGACUGCAUUCAGAAGGAAGUCCGCAAGCGUCUGUGGUAUGCGUGCUAUGUGACUGAUCAGUUAGCGAGUGCCAUAUAUGGGCGGCCCGUUUCGACUGCAUCAAACACAUUCACAACUCCGCUCCCGGAGGAUCUGGAUGACGAUCGUAUUUCCCCUUCUCAACUUCUCUAUCCUCCUACGCCCACCUUAUCCACUAUGUCUCAUUCAAUUCAGGGUGUAAAACUGUGUCGAAUCAUGGAAUCGGCUUUGACACUUGUGGAUCCCCCGCUAGAAAAGAUCGUGGAACUGGACGAACAAUUCGAAGCCUGGGACGCUCAACUCCCCUCUGCCUUUAGGGUCUAUGAGCAUGAGCCGGUACUAGAUGACAAGAAGCUGAUAAUGGCAAUGAGAGCCAAUAUGACCAGGAUUCUGAUUCACCGCCACUCAGUGGUAAAGUCGCUCGGUCUGCUUUCUAGAGGCGAACGACUCAUUCCUCUGUCGGAUGGCCUACGCGCCAAUAUGAUGCAGAACAGCAGACAUAUCUGCGUUCGCAGUGCAGAGGAUACGAUACAGCUGGUUGGCCGUCGACAUGACACAACGAAGGCGGUUACCGGACCGAGCUGGUUCAACCUAUACUAUUUAUUCAAUGCUAUUCUCAUUAUCGCUUCUCACGUUGUCGAUCCCGAGUUCAGGGAUGAUAAAGAAGCACUAGCACAUCUUGAAGAUGGAAUGCGAAUGAUAGCACAAAUGAGUGCAAACCAUACGACUGCUCGACGAGCACAUAUAUUCCUGCGGCAAUUAUUAGACUUGGUAGAAAAGAUUCUACCUCAGCAAAGCCGGAAUCUAGCGCGCAAAUCAUCAUUGUCAACGACUUCUACUUCGUCUUCAAUGGGGCCGCAAACACAACCUUCAGUCCCGACAACGACUGAGGGUGCAACCAAUGGCUUUGGAAGCUACUCACAACCUUCCAGGGAAUUUAUGCAAUUAUGGGACAGCACAGUGGAUUUGACUACCGCGCUGGGUUCGCAACUCGAUUACUACUCAUCAAUGGGCUCCGGCAUGUGGUCAUGGGGGAAUCAGGCUCCAGAUACCAGACCAUAUGCGGCAAUGCCACAGAGCAUCGCUCCAUAG